CACUUCGCUGUGUUUAGUUGGCAAUCCGUCAUGGACGCAGCUGAGGACAGAGAGGUCAAGCUUCAGCGCGCCUCUGGCGAUCUUGUCCAAGAGUUCUCCGCGAAACUACCAUCGCUGCUCUGGAAAUCCCAACCCGAGCAAGGAAAUACUCGCAUUCCACGGCGAUGGACCCCAGCCGCAAAAACGGAGAGACUCGUAGGCCUGUUGGAGCCAUUUCAAGAGUGGCCACAGCUGCUGGACCCCCAUUUGUCAACACUUCUGCCCCCUUUAGUUGAUGCAUUUCUGGCAUACUUGCUCAAGCAUCGCGAUCAGUACGCGGCCAAGGCUGCUGGUUCACAGCGACAGCAGACAGCGUAUCCUCUCCCGAGAGCCAUCUGCAGACUACUCUACACCUUCUGCAAGGUCCGCGGCGUCAAAGUCAUUAGCAGGUUCUUGAACAAUGAACCGAAGUAUCUUGACCCGCUGCUACGGGCUUUCAUUGAAUGGGACGCUAUUGCCCAAGAUGAACCCGAACUAGGUAUUGGGAACAUUCCUCCGCGCUUAGUUUGGGAAGAGCGCUAUGUGAUGCUGAUCUGGAUCUCACACUUGUUGCUUGCUCCCUUUGAUCUGGCUUCGAUGUCAUCGGACGAUAUCCCGAUUCCGUAUGACAACCUAGGACAACUGAAAGGAUUCCCCGCUCAGACACCCACGGUCACAAAAUCGCUUCUUUCUGUGGCAUUGAACUACGUAAACGUCUCCGGAAAGGAGCGCGAAGCUGCCACCGUUCUCCUGGCACGACUUGUGCUUCGGCGCGAUAUGCAGGCACUGGGGCUUUUGACCAAUUUGACGGACUGGGCAUUCUCGGCUGUUCAACCUACUGGUAGCGCGGAGCCCCCAUCUGUCUACACUUGUAUUGGUGUGCUGUCUUUCAUCGCUCGUUUGGGGGCUUCGGGUCAAGUGGAGGACUUUGCGCCGCUGGUGACUCCUGUUUUUGAACAGACCUUGCGGGUUGUUCAGGGAAAUUCAGGGGUCUCCGAUGUUAUCAACUCGUCGGCCUUGGCACGGAAGACUAUCAUCAAGAUCCUGCGUGCGGUAACCGUUAUGGCCUUGUCGCUUAGUGAGAGGGGAAGUAAUGCGAUCUCAGACGAUCAGGUUUCCACCAUAUUGGAGGAUGCCAUAGAUCACUUCCUCGUAGCUCUUGCGGAUAAGGAUACUCCCGUGCGCUUCGCGGCUAGCAAGGCUCUGAGUAUCAUCACCCUGAAAUUGGACCCGGACAUGGCUGCAGAGGUCAUUGAGGCUGUCACCGGCUCUUUGGAGGAGAACAUUCUGUAUGAAAAGCGGGACGGCGCCAUUGUGACACCGCUGGAGGCACGGAAAAUCGGGAUUCAUACAUUAAAACGAAACUUGAGCGCAGUUGACGCUCAAAGAUGGCAGGGACUGAUCCUGACGCUUAGCCAUCUCCUGUUUCGUCGUGCCCCCCCUACACAUCGACUUGGCGAUGUACUUCAACCGCUCAUCUCGGGUCUUGGCUUCGAACAGCGGUCAUCUACUGGAAGUUCUGUCGGAACCGGUGUGCGUGAUGCCUCGUGUUUCGGAAUCUGGGCCUUGUCCCGCAAGUACACCACCCAGGAACUGCUUGCCUUGAAACCGCAGACGACCAGUACGGCCACGGCACUAGGCGAGGAGGAAAAUACACUGCAAAUGCUCGCCAUCGAGCUGGUGUGCGCCGCGUGCGUUGACCCUUCCGGCAACAUUCGGAGGGGAGCUUCUGCAGCACUGCAAGAGUUAAUCGGACGUCACCCAAAUACAAUUGCCGAGGGUAUAUCGCUCGUACAGGUUGUGGACUACCAUGCGGUUGCUCGGCGUUCGCGAGCGAUGAUUGACGUCGCCAAAGCAACAGCCGAUCUCAGCCACCACUACUGGAGCCCCCUUAUCGAGUCAUUGAUGCACUGGCGCGGUAUUGGCUCCCCUGAUGCAGAGUCUCGCAGACAUGCAGCCAAAGCGAUCGGAGCCUUGAGCACGCAUCAGUCUUACAAGACCAUGCAACAAGUUUUUCAGCGCCUACUGAGCAGAUUGUCUAGCAUUCCACGCAGUGAUGUGGAGACGAGGCAUGGUUGUCUUUUGGCCAUUACUGCCACGAUUGAUGCGUUCAACAGCCAACGUGUGAGGGAUGAUGACAAUAAAUCGGAAGCAACGAAUAUUCUGAGUCAAGUUGCCGAAGUCUGGGAGAUAUUUGGCUCUCCAAUUGGACCUACUAAAGACGAUCUCACGCUUCAAACUUUCCGCCCAGAAUUGACGGCAGAAGCCUCUUCACGCCUGAUCUAUUCUCUUGCUCACUCGGUUACUUUGGCACACGACCCGCGGAUUCCUCACCCAUCGGCGGAUUUGCUUGACAAAGCUCGCGAAACACUUUCGCUUUGCAUUUCACGGGGCGAAGACAUUUCCAUCGAGAGCUCCUCCAAUGCAGUAUCAGAGCUACUUCCUCUAUUGCCACCUGUGGAACAGGACCAGAUGAUCCUGGGGUGGUUUUCACACAUCCAUACAACUUGGAACCUGCCAACGGGUCGCGGUCAGAUUACUGCCCUGGGAACUGUCUUUAGACGAAUCGAGCCGGACAACUUUCUUGGAAAGGCCAUUAUAGAUAGCAUCAUACAGUGUGCAGAAAAGGAGGAACUAAUCGAGAAAAGAGUAGCCGCUGUCAAGAGCUUGGCUACCGGCGUUCUGCCUUACAUAGAUGUGACCGAUGAUAUUGUAGAUCAUCUCAUUCGUUUCUUGAAUGACUAUACAACUGACAGGCGUGGAGAUAUCGGAUCGUUGAUCCGGCUUGAAGCGAUUCAAGCCGCUCAGACGGCCCUGGAAAGACGGUCAGCUGCCAAUCAAGCACCUAGGGUUCAGGAAAUUGUCGGAUGUCUCUGCCGACUUGCAGCAGAAAAGCUUGACAAAGUACGUGUGCAGGCUUGGACCUGCCUUCAGGGAUUUUGGGAGACAGCUCAGGGCUUCCCGCCGUUAACAAGAAAAUAUGAGCACUUCAGCCACGUAUCUACGGUGGAGUAUCUGCUACAGCUGCUUCAUUUGCAGGACAUUGAUUGGCUACGACAACCUCUGUUCCAAGGCUUCGCAACCUCUGCUGUUGCCGGCAGCGAGGGACUGAUCCGGUCUUCGCGCUCCGCCUUGGUGCAGAGUAUCCAAGAGACAGGGCAGCAGACUGCAGCAAUGGCUAUCAUCACGGACUUAACGACGAUAUUGGGCGAGAAUUUGCAGGAUGACCGAUAUGCGAUCCCCGUGCUAGAGCUGUUAGCUUUCUUAUUGGACGGCUUUAUCUGUUCCAUUCCCGACGAGUCGGUCCCAAGUCUACGGAGGUUAUUCGUUCUCGUUCAAAAAGCGCACUUCAAAUCGUCAAAUAUCGCACGGCUCGAAGCUGCCGUGCGCACAUAUGCGCCUCUAUCAAGGAUAGAACAGCUGCAUACGGAUGUGCUUAAGAAGAUGACGGCGAUGCUCUUGCACCCGUUCCCUAGAGUUCGCAACACUGUGGCCGAGUAUCUAUUCAUGGAAACCGAGGUGGAUGCAGUCAAGCUUGAAGAUUGGAGCAAGCCGACGAAACAACUGAAAGAGCAAGUAGAUAAGUUGAGGGAGACAUUGAAGUGUAAAUAGCAGCGUCACUUCUAGAUAGACUCGAUACCUCCCAUCAAAAAUAUUUAAAAAAAGAUGAAGAAGUGUCAAAAUAUCAGAGGAGCCAAACAUUAACACCAAAACAAAAAAAAGAAAUUGCUGUGCAUCAUCCGUG